AUGUCCCAAGGCCUGGUUGGAUUGCUUUCACCUCAUAUAGGAAACCUCUCCUUCCUCAAAAGUAUCGUUCUUCCAAACAAUAGUUUCCACGGCCCAAUCCCACAGGAGAUUGGUCGCUUGUUUCGACUACAAACAAUAGAAUUAAGCAACAAUUCGUUCGGAAGUGGAAUACCAAACAACCUUUCUCAUUGCUCAAAACUUGAAUAUCGGGACUUCAUCAACAACAAUCUAACUGGAAACAUCCCAGCUGAGUUGGGCUCUUUGUCAAGGCUUCGAACUUUAGCCUUGAAUAUAAACAAGCUUUCACGUACCAUCCCUCCUUCCAUUGGAAACCUCUCAUCUCUUUCCUAUCUCGAUUUAUCAGAAUUAGCCAUUAACCAUCUUGAAGGAAAUAUUCCUCAUGAUAUAGGAUCCACACUUCCUAAUCUCAAGUUUGUUUAUUUUUCGAAAAAUUUGUUUACUGGAACACUUCCUACUUCACUGUCAAACGCUUCAAAACUUGAAGAUAUAUACUUCCCUGAAAAUGAUUUCAGCGGGACAAUGGCGAGAGAUCUUCGAAAACAUCUGGGUCUUCGAUGGAAAGGUGUUUUUAAAAAUCAGUUGCAGGAUGACCUCACUUUUAUUUCGUCUCUAACAAAUUGCACCAGUUUACAAUUGAUUGAUGCGGGCAUUGGGAACCUCCUCAACCUCACUCAGUUAUCUAUGGCAGUGAACAAUCUUGUCGGCCCUAUUCCAUCAUCCAUCGACAGACUUCAUAAGCUGUGUACUCUGUUCUUAGAGCAGAACAAGUUCACAGAACUUCCAUCUUCGAUUGGUAAUUUGACUUCGUUGAUUACUCUCAACUUGGGAGAAAACGACAUCCAUGGAAGCAUACCUCCGAGUUUGGGCAAUUGUCAUAACUUGUUGGAAUUACACCUUUACAACAAUAAUCUCAAUGGUUCAAUACCCCCUGAAAUUAUGAGUCUCUCGUCCAUUUCAAAAUUCCGCUGGUUAGGUCACAAUGCACUAACUGGUUCCCUACCAUCAGAAGUUGGGUAUUUGAAAAAUUUUGCAAACAUGAAUGUGUCUUAUAAUAAAUUAUCAGGACCCAUACCAAACACUCUAAGCAAUUGUUUUAGUCUGGAAUGGCUUCACUUGGAGGCUAAUUCAUUUGAGGGAGAGAUACCUCAAAGCUUGAAACUGAUGAGGGGCUUAAGAGUAUUGGAUCUUUCGCACAACAAUUUGUCGGGGCUGAUCCCAAGUUAUCUAGGUGAGUUUCAACUAGAUAUGUUGAAUUUGUCUUUUAAUAAACUACACGGACAAGUUCCCAUACAAGGAGUGUUUGGAAAUUCAGGUGCAAUUUCAAUUGUUGGAAAUAAUGAUCUAUGUGGAGGUAUUGCAAAAUUAGACCUUCCUCCUUGUUCAUCCUCCUACUCAAGCAAGAAUAAGCUCUCUCAUAGGACAAAAGUGAUCCUAGUGGUGGUUGGUGUUGUGAUAUUUUUAUCUUUGUUAGUUAGCUUCUUUAUAUUUCUUCAACUGUAUCAUGUUUCAAAAAAGGUGGCUUCUUCCACGCCAUCAAUCAUGCAUCAAUUUUUGAGGGUUUCUUAUGCAAAUCUUCUCAAAGCCACCAAUGGAUUCUCAAAGGCUAAUCCAAUUGGUGUUGGGAGCCAUGCUUCAGUUUACAAAGGGAUUCUUGAUCAAUAUCAGAUGGUUGUGGCAGUGAAAGUGCUCAAUCUUCAGACUGGAGGAGCCUCUAGGAGCUUCAUGAUAGAAUGCAAAGCACUAAGAGCCAUAAAGCACGGAAAUCUAUUAAAAAUUUUAAGUGUUUGUUCUAGUGUGGAUUUCCAUGGUAAUGAAUUCAAAGCUUUGGUGUAUGAAUUUAUGGCCAAUGGAAACUUAUGCAAAUGCCUACAUCAAGUUGGAGUGGGAGACCACAGACAGCUAGAAGAACCCAGAAAUUUUAAACUACUCAAGAGGCUGGACAUUUCGGUUGAUGUCGCUUCUGCACUUGAGUGCUUUCAUUGUGGUUGUGAGUCGACAAUUAUUCAUGGUGAUUUGAAACCAAGUAAUGUUCUUUUGGAUGAUGGGAUGACAGCUCAUAUUGGAGAUUUCGGGUUAGCAAAAAUUAUUUCUACCAUUUCAAGUGAUGUGGCUCAAGGUCAAACCAAUUCAAAUGCAAUAAGGGGAACCAUCGGCUAUGUUGCUCCAGGUACAAAAUCUUUUCUAUUGCCUUGGAGUAGAAAAACUGAACUUGCAAUAGGAAAAGUAAUUGAGAGGGAAAUUUAUGUCUAA